AUGGCGGCGGUAUCACCGCCCAAGCCCUGGGAAAGGGCAAACGCAGCUGCUACCGGCGUAUCCUCAACCUCGACCCCAAAUCCUCACACCACAACCCCAAUAACUUCGUCCUCACCGCCCGCUCUCCCGGACAAACCCUCCUCCCUCGCCUCCGUCGUAAAUCGCAAUUCUUCAACGUACUCCCCCAUUAACCAAAACCGUUUCUCCUCCUCCCCUUACUCCGGCGUAGGAAGCUACUCCUCGCCCUAUUCGCGGUUUGGCGGCAUGGGCAAUUCGAUGUAUGGCGGGGGCUACGGCUCCAUGUACGGCGGCGUGGGAGGAAUGGGGGGAAUGGGAAUGGGAGGUUACGGAGGAGGAAUGUACGGUCAGCCGGGCAUGAUGGGCAAUGGGGAUCCGAAUGAUCCGAAUAGCUUGACGAAUUCGUUCAGUCAGAGCACGCAGGCGACGUUUCAGAUAAUUGAGAGUUUGGUCGGGGCGUUCGGGGGGUUUGCGCAGAUGUUGGAAAGUACUUACAUGGCUACGCAUUCGAGUUUCUUUGCAAUGGUACAAGUGGCCGAACAAUUUUCCACCCUCCGUACAACCCUCGGUUCCAUACUCGGCAUCUUUACCGUCCUCCGCUGGCUUCGCACACUCUUCGCCAAAGUCACCGGCCGCCCUCCACCCGCGGACGCCACAUCACUCACUCCCUCGGCGUUCGCAUCAUUCCAAGGACUGUCUCCGUCAGGUCCCUCUCUUCUCCAAAACGGCCAACCAACACCUUCAAAGAAACCGUUCUUGAUAUUCCUAGCCGCUGUGAUUGGGUUGCCGUAUCUUAUGACGAAACUAAUACGGAGUCUAGCGAGACAGAAUAAGGAACAGCAGAAUCUGUACAAUCAGGAGGGCAGAAUGAUACUCGGGCCUGAUGGGCAGCCGAUGCAGGAACAGCAACCACAUCAACCGAUUGAUCCUUCGAAAUUGGACUUCUGUCGUCUGCUGUACGACUACACACCAGAAAGCAUGACUCAAGGCGGUUCGCCUACCGAAGGUAUAGACCUCGAGGUCAAGAAAGGCGAUCUCGUCGCUGUGCUCAGCAAAUCAGAUCCGAUGGGCAAUCCAAGCGAUUGGUGGAGGUGUAGAGCGCGAGACGGGCGUGUGGGUUAUCUUCCUGGCCUCUAUCUCGAAGGAAUCCAAAGAAAACAGCAACCGCAAAUCGACAAUGGCGGGCGCGUGAACACCAUGUCAUCUUUAGCUGCCGCUGGGAGCGGAGAAGAGAGCAGAAGUAAUAGUCUCAAGGUCGAGGCUAAGGGUCCAAAGGUUGAGAGCAAAGCGGCUGAUAUUUCAGCUGAGAGUUUCCAGAGGAGUCAGUUCUACAACUAG